GAAAUAAUUGAUGAACAUUGGAGUAUUAAGAGAAAAAUAAAAAGGUUUUAAAGGACACAUUUCUAGGGGCUGAAGGAAAAAUCUUAAGUAAUACUUUGAAGUAAAAGGGUUGAUGAGAAAAAUGGAGAGUUACAAGGAGUACAUAGGACAUGACCUUUGUAAAGUGCCGCUAUCAAAUAUUGCUCAAAGGAUUAUGUCAGCAAUGCAGUCUGUUCCUUUAGAGGAAGCUCAGAAUAGCAGAGAAGGUGAACAGAGUGAGUAUUUUUGGUUCUUCCAGGACCUCCAUGAUUUUAUGGCUAUAUCAUUAAAUAUGAAUACCAGCACUGCAAAAAGCAGUAGUCCAUUAGCUAGUACAGAACUGACGGACAAAAUGUUCUGUAAUCAAAACACUAAAAUAGUGAGCUCAGUAUUGCUCACUUCUAGUAUGAGCACUUUUAUAAAUUACCAGGAUGUAGACCUACCAAAAUGGGACUAUACAGAGAGAAACUCGUCAGUACAAAGAAAGAAAAAUAAGAAUAGUGAAAAUAAUAAAAUCACCAGUCUUAAAAGGAAGCAGGAUAUAUCUACUUAUUGCUCAUACAAGAUGGAACGGUGGUUACCAAUGAAAGAAGAUGUUAAUUCACAUAAAACAAAGCAUGAUUGGGCUGCUGAACAAGCAGAAAAAACAUUUUAUGACAUCAGAAAUUUAGGACAUGAGGAAAAAAGCCAGUUAAUCACAACUAUAAAAGAGGCAGUAGCUCUGGUAGUUACUAUGGUAUUUCAAGAUGGUUCUUCACAGCUGAGCUCAGAUCAGGGCGUAGUCUCAUCAGUAAGAGGAAUUGUUAUGUUAAUAAAGAGACAGACAGACCAACUUUGUCCUUCCAAUGGCUCUUCAAUUGUUAAUCCAAUUGUUUGGGAUGCCUGUACCAGAAAUGAUAAGUUUAUUUAUUUAAAAAUAGAGCACUCUUCUGUUUGGGAGCAACAGGAACAGUCUCAUAAGCAGUACAUCAGGGAAAUACUAUUUCAAAUACUACACUGUACUGUUGUUUGCUUCAAUGCAAAGGAUUUUUUGAGAACACUGCUUCAUGUUUAUGGUGAUGAUAUUAACUGGAAACAAGUGGCUGAUUGUGUUGUGUUAGAUCCAAGGAUUGCUGCAUGGCUGAUAAACCCCAGUGACACUGUCCCCUCUUUUGAAUAUUUGAUACAUAAGCAUUUUGAAAAGCCUGUCUCAGAGAGAACAGUGAAUAUGAAUGCAGAUUCCUUGAGAAAUACAUUGCACCAGAACUUGGUUCUAAACUUGAAGAUACUUUACAGCAUAAUGAUGGAUCUGGCUGAUGAAUUACAGGUUCAAGGCUUGUGGAAACUCUUUUGCACUUUGGAGCUUCCCUUGAUAAAAAUUUUGGCAGUGAUGGAAACCCAUAAAAUACAUGUGAAUAAAGAAGAACUAAAAAGAACAUCAGAGAUUCUAGGGUUGCGAUUGAAAGAGCUUGAGCAGGAAGCCCAUCGAGCUGCUGGACAACAAUUCCUAUUGACCAGCAGUAGUCAGCUGAGAGAGGUAUUGUUCGAAAAACUAAAGCUCCAUAUGCUGUGUGAGAAAGUUCCCAGAACUGAGAUGCAGCAUCUUCAAUCCACUUCUGAAGUUGUGUUAAAUAAACUGCAAGAUCUUCAUCCAUUGCCUAAGAUAAUUUUAGAAUACCGACAGGUUCACAAGAUAAAGUCAACCUAUGUGGAUGGACUACUUUCAUGCAUGAAAAAGGGAUUUAUUUCAUCUACAUGGAAUCAGACAGGAACUGUGACUGGCAGACUUUCAGCCAAGCAUCCUAAUAUCCAAGGUAUCUCCAAGCAUCCAGUUCAAAUUAUUAAGAAGCAAUAUGUAAAAGGAAAAGAAAAUGAAAUAGUAACUAUUUCUCCAAGAACAUUGUUUGUUUCAGCUAAAGGAUAUACGUUCUUAGCAGCAGAUUUUUCCCAUAUUGAAUUAAGAAUCCUUGCACACCUAUCAUGUGAUCCAGAACUUCUGAAACUAUUCCAAGAACCUGAAACCACUGAUGUGUUUACUACACUGGCUUCUCAAUGGAGGGGUAUUCCACGUGAACAAGUGAAGCAUGCAGAUAGAGAACAGGCAAAGCGUGUUGUCUACUCAGUAGUUUAUGGAGCAGGUAAAGAACGUCUUGCUGGAUGUCUGGGAAUUACUCCUCUUCAAGCUGGUCAAUUUAUAGAGAGUUUUCUGGUGAAACACAAGAAAAUUCAUGACUUUACAAAGAAAACCAUUGAGCAAUGCCACAAUGAAGGAUAUGUGGUUUCCAUCAUGGGACGUAAAAGACACUUGCCUAAUAUCAAUGCUCGAGACUACAGACUACGUGCUCAAGCAGAGAGGCAGGCUGUCAACUUUGUUGUCCAAGGAUCUGCAGCUGACCUUUGUAAAAUGGCUAUGGUUGAGAUUUUUACCUCUGUUGCCAUUUCUCCAACUUUAACAGCCAGGUUAGUAAGCGACGUUCUUUUUCAUUUUAUGACAGAAGUAGCCGAGAUAAAGGCAUUUCUGGGAUUUUAUUCUUUAUUGUUCCAUGUAAUACGACAUAUUGUACCUAUACUUUAA